AUGGAUAUGAAUCACCGUCUACACAAUGUUGAACAAUCAUCGACAGUUUAUGUUCAUCAAGCUGAAAAGUUCCAUGCAGAAGCUACACAUUUAUCGUCAUUGUUAGAAAAGUCUUUUCUCGAAGCCGAACAAUUCAUUAAUAAUCGGAUGCAAAUUCUAGCAUCACAGAAUCUUGAUGCAAGUCAACAAUUAGAAAAUGAACAAGCACUCUUAGCUGCGACGCGAUCGAAACUUGAUACGACACUGACAAAGCUUACUCAAUGUCAUCAAGAAGCAAUACGUUUACAAUCGAAUACAGAUGCACGUUUACGUUUAAUGAUAAAUACGGCUAAAGGUCGUUUAGAACAAGUCGAACGACUUAGAACUAAAAUGAUACGGUAUGAAAAUUCACUUGAAAUAGCAUCACCAAUCAGCGAAGACACAGAAAUUAUUCUAUCGAAAUCGGAACAUUCAACAACACGGAAAUUUCAAGACGAAUUGCAACGUGUUACUGAUCAAUUGAAAAAACUUCUUGAUUUAAGUAAAGAAACACGCAAUGAAACGCAAAUCUUACAUGGACAGUACGAUACAGAUGUCAAUCGGCAAAUAGCUGCGCUAAUGCGACAUGACAAGACUGAACGAGAACAAUUGAGUAUAUUAAUUGAACAUAAGCAAAGUUUAAUACGUGAAAUCGAUUGGAUACGUGAACAGAAAAAGAUAAUCGACAAUUUUAUAACCAAAAUGGCUCCCACACUGGAUCAAUGUUUAUGUGAUGGACCGAUCAGUCAUAACAUGAGUCAUUCUCUUCGAUAA